CUGAUGAUGAACAACGACUCAAGCGGGCCAAGCCCCCUCGAUGCGAAUGGACUUUGUUUAUUGUCGCUAGAUGGCGGCGGUGUCCGAGGAUUGUCAACCUUAUACAUUCUCCGGGACAUCAUGGCACAGCUCAGUCAUGAACGUGAUGACGGCAAACCUCUUAAGCCAUGCGAUGUCUUCGACCUGAUUGGAGGUACUAGCACAGGCGGACUCAUCGCAAUCAUGCUAGGACGACUGGAAAUGGGAAUCGAUGAAUGCAUCUCGGCAUAUAGCGAACUGAUGCAUUCCAUCUUCGGCGAGAAAACCAAUAAUCUCCCAAUUGACUGGGCCGGAAAUAUCCGAGCGCAAUAUGACAGUAAAAAGCUCAAAUCUGCAAUUGAGCACGUUAUUGAGCGUGCUGGUGUAGCACCAGAUGAGCUCAUGAACAACGGGCAGGCUCGUCGCUGCAGAGCAUUUGUUUGUGCCACAUCCAAGGACACAUUGCAGAUUGCACGACUGCGAAGUUAUAAUGUGUCAAAUGAGGACGCCAUUCCCGCGACGAUCUGUGAAGCAGCUCUCGCAACAUCUGCCGCUACCGGAUUUUUUGAUGUUGUAUCCAUUGGCGAUUAUCAAUUUGUUGAUGGUGCCUUUGGCGCCAAUAACCCUGUUGAAGAGUUGGAAGAGGAGGCAUCCGACAUUUGGUGUACCGUGAGCCGUGAACUGAAGCCACUGGUUAAAUGCUUCUUGUCGAUUGGCACAGGCAGCCCUGAGAAGGUACCCAUUGACGAUAAAAUUUUCAAUUUUCUUUCCAAGACACUCGUCAGGAUGGCCACGAGGCCAGAGAGUACGGAGCGACGCUUCAUGGCGAGGUGGACCAAUGAGUUAAGAGAGAAACGUAUUUUCCGAUUCAAUGUUGAGCAAGGGCUGCACAAUGUGCGAAUGACCGAUUACCAAAAGCGAAGUCUGAUUGAAUCUGCGACCCAUGAUUAUCUACACCAUUCAACCCAGAAAAAUCGUGUACGGGAUUGUGUCAUGAAUCUGAUGAGCAAAGAGGAGAAGACAGAUCUCAAUUUUGACAUCGUUAUGCGUGAGCACGAGGAUCAAGUACGGCGAAACCGAGUCAUCAACAAUAUGCAUUCUUCCGAGACUCCAUUUAGCCGCAGCAAAGAACCAUGUUGGAUUGUUCCAUUUGAGCGAAACCCCCACUUCGUGGAUCGAGAGCUUCUCGGCAAGAUAAAGAGAAAGUUGUUCGCCAGUCGACGAAUGGAAAGAAUUGCCAUUUUCGGUCUUGGAGGGGUGGGCAAGACUCAAAUCUCUCUGGAAUUGGUUUUCCAAGCAAAGGAAAUGUACCCAGAUUGUGCUAUAUUUUGGGUUCCUGUUGUUGAUAUGGAAAGUGUGCAACAGUCGUAUCAACAGAUUGCAUCCCAGCUGGGGAUUGCAAAUCCCGAUCCUGCUGGAGAAGAUGUCAAGAGAGCUGUACAGAAGCAUCUCAGCCGACCACAGAGCGGGCGGUGGCUUUUGAUCUUCGACAAUGCGGAUGAUAUCAGUAUGUGGACGGAGGCAUUACCGGAUUCAAAAAGCGGAGGGCUUAGGGACUUCCUUCCCCAGAGUGAGCAAGGUGUUGUCAUAUUCACCACACGCAACAAUAAGGUCGCUCAAUAUCUGAGAUCUACCGAAAUCAUCGAGAUACCUGAGAUGGAUGAACACAAAGCUACCAAGGUUUUGAAAAACCUGCUGGUCAACAAAAGCCUUUUGAAUGACCAAGAAAGCACCAGAAAGCUUUUGGAGCGACUGACAUUUCUCCCACUAGCCAUUGUACAGGCUGUCUCAUUCAUCAAUGAAAAUAUGAUGAGCAUUUCAAGCUACGUCCAACUCCUUGAUGGACAAGCACAAGACAUGAUUGAUCUUCUCAGUCAAGAGUUUGAGGACGAAGGAAGAUAUAAAAGCAUACGGAACCCGGUUGCCGCAACGUGGCUUACAUCUUUUGACCAGAUUCGGCGUCUGAAUACAUUGGCGUUCGAUUAUCUAGCCUUCAUGGCUUGUGUCAACCCAAAGGACAUACCCAUAUCGCUUCUUCCUAUUGCCGCUCCUGUCGAACGGGAAAAGGCAAUUGGUCUGCUGAUUUCGUAUUCAUUUGUUCGCUCACACCACGCCGGCUCUCGUCUUGACAUGCACCGUCUCGUCCAACUUGCAACCGCAAAUUGGCUGAAGUCAGUGAACUCUCUUGAAUCAUGGCAUUUAUAUGCACUGGGCCAUGCAAGCAGGCAUUAUCCGCAAUGGGAUGCCACGCGGCGGAGUGAGUGGCGUGCAGCAUUACCUCAUGCUCUCCAAGUUCUUCGCCUUACAUCAAACUCGGCCACCCCAGAGAGAGCCCUGUUACUAUCUACGGUCGGUUUUUGUAAAUCCGUUGAUGGAAGACACAAGGAAGCACUGGAAGUUCUCCUUCCGGCUCGGGAAAUUUGGGAUACCAUGUUUGGUCGUGACGACCCGCGGUCCAUCAAGACCCUUGCACUUCUUGGAUUUGCCUAUCGCGGCUUGGGGGAUUUUGACAAGGCAGUGGAACUUUUGGAAGAGGUCUUGGAGCGGCAUAUGUGCCAAUUUGGUCUGGACUCCGAUGAGACAAAUGGAACAAUGUCAGCAUUGGCUUCGAUGUAUCGAAUCAGAGGGGACGGCCCUAAAAGUUUGGAAUUGACCAUUCAGAGUUCGAUACAGGAUCUUCAAAAAGCCGAGCAUCUCGAGAUUCAGGCGUUUAGGUAUUAUUUGAGGACUAUGGGCCCAGAGAGCCCCUACACUUUAUGUGCCAUUUUCGGUCUUACUCGGACAUAUAUCGCUCAAGGACGACUCACGGACGCCGAGGAAGUAGCGCAACAUUUUUUGGCUAUCCAGACGAGAGUGCUCGGGCCAGAUGAUAUUUGUACAACUUCUUCAAUGACUGCGUUGGCUGAUAUAUACAUGCAAAGGUGGCGGCUUAAAGAUGCCGAGAUUCUGUACGGGGCAUCGAUAGAGAGAGCGAAAAAGUCCCUUGGUCCUGAGCACCCAAUCAUUCUUCGAGAUAUGAAAGAAAUGGCACGGGCAUUGAAGUUGCAAAAGCGACACUCCGAAGCUCUCUUCUUGAUAACCGAAUGCGUGCGCUUGCAGGAGACAUUGCACGGUGCAAGUCAUUACACCACUAUCGCGAGCCUCGAUUGUAUCAAAGACUGGACAAACCACAACUUACUAUGGAGCUCUAAACUAACGUUUGCUCUUGAUAGAAAUGCCGCUACACGCUUCAGAAAUUAUUUUACCGCGGUGGAACGGUCCCGUAUGAUGCUGGAACGUCGGAGGAAGUAUCCUCGUGUCAAGAUUCUCGGUGGCCUUUAUAGUGUCCGGAGGGAGCCCAAGGAUCGUACAAUAAUUCGCGAGAUCAAAGAUGCUGUGGAUGCUAUGCCCAUUCAAGGACACGGCCUUAGUGAUGAGGUUACACUUGUCGAAAGCUCUGAUGUCAAAAAGUCUUCAAAUAUUGGCUAG